AUGUCAAAAAUGAACUCAACUUCAUCAAUUGUUAAUCAAUCUGUAUUAGAAAAUAAAGUUAAUCUAAUAUCAACAUCAAAUAGAGAAUUUAAGCCUAAAGGAAUAUUAAAAAAAUCAAAAAAUUAUUCCUAUUCUGGUUUAAUUAAUCAGAUGUGGAAUAGAUAUACACGGUUUCAAUGCAGCCAAUCAUAUCUUAACACAUGUGAUAAAAAGAAUGAUAAUGAAAACAGUAAUGAUUCUAUAUCGAUGAUUAAUGAUAAUAAUAGUCUACCUUCAACAUCAAGUACUUCUAUAUCUGUUAAACGUGUUACAUUUAAUGAUGUGAUAUACGAAAAGAAAUUUAAGCCAAGUAAAUCAAUGCCUAUUAUAACAAAAUAUUCACGUAGUCAACAAAGAAAUUCUCAAAAUUUACAUUUAAUGAACGCAACAAAAGUGAAUUCUGAUGAAGAAAACUCUAUCGAUAAAGUACAACUCAAUCCUACGAAUUGGUUACAAUUUGAAGAGCUCGAUAUUUAUGAAUCAAGCGAUGAUGAACUAAUUUAUGAUGAUUAA